AUGUCCGAGCCGAUCAAGUGUGCUUCUGGCGUGAUGCCGCAGGCGCUUUUCGCUAGGCAGCAGUACUCAAACGGCGUCACAUCUUCCAUGUUCUCCACGUGCGAGAAGACGAAAGACAAGAAACGCAUGAUCGCACCGACUUUGCUGAAGGGUGUAACGAUUGCCAAACUGUGGGAGGCGUCCUUCGCAAACGGUUCUGACUUUCUCAAGCGGUAUCACGACCGACGCAAGGAAAUUGACCUCGAAGUGGGGAGGUGGGAGUACUCAAGUGAUAUGAGCAGCGGAUAUCGUACAGUGUCGCUCACAACAACAGUGGACAUUCCCAAGGCUGGUACCUUGACGCCACUUAAUGAAGCUCAUCGUUUCGCAUAUACAAUGGCAGCCAACGGUUCUGUCAUUCUGGUGUACCAGACAUCAUCGCAGACACCAGCUGUCACCGCCGGUCAUUCGUUCCGCACAGAGGCAUUCAUGGAAUUCACCGCUGACUCUGUAGACGGUGACUGCACUGUCUGUGUGUGGGGAGGGUGCAAAAAAUUGAGCUUAGCCUUCACAGCGAUUCAAUACAUCGCGAUUCCCCGAGCUAUUAGGGAGAUGACGCAAGGCUACCGAUUGAUGCUAGAGAUGAUUUCAGAGGAUUUGGCAGGUGGCACGGUAAGUGUCUCCACAGGGGAUGAGGACGCUGGCGGUGGCAACCAAUCGGCGACUCAAUCAGGGUCCAUUUCUGAUGGCGGCGAUGGAGAUAACAGCAACCAGGCGCCAAACAUGCUGUUCCAAGGUCUGUUGCUGGUGCUUGCUAUCAUCGUGACCUUUGCUCUCCUCUGGUCUAUGUCAACGCUGCGUGGCACGGCGCGCAUUACAAAUAUGAUGAUGGACAGACUCGGAGACAGAAAUAUUAAUGGGGGAAUGUCGCGCAGCUCUCUCAGUGGCAGCAUCAAUAUGGAGCAAUCCGUUGGUGCGGGCGCGGCACGAACUCCGUUGACACAAGACCAGGCCAUUCGUCACGCCGCCAGGGAUGCACAAAUUCAGUCACUGCGGUACCGUUGGAUGGAGCAGCGGGGUGCCCUUAGCACCCUGGAAUCAACUGUUGGACGUCUGUGGUGGAUGAACNUUCUGCAGUUCCUCUUCAUGGUACUUCUUGCUAUAAAGAUCUUCUGCUUCUGA